AUGUUUCAUCUUGUGAUAACACUGGCUGUAGCUGUUUUCGGGGACCGCGCCUCCGCCGGUCUUCUGGACAUUUUUAACGUUAACACCGAUUACAAUGCGGCUAAUGUAAUGGACAGUAUUUUCAAAGUUAUGAGCAAUGACAUCCAAUAUAUUUUAACGGGCGAUACUAAAAACCCCAUCGAGUCGGAUGUAAUUUUUCAGUGUGGAAAUAGAAAUUCUCCGGAGCUUUCGCAAACUGUUAUAAACGAUGGUAACUUUAGUUCCAAAAUCGUAGCCAGCAAACCAAUGGUUUUCAUCACUCACGGCUGGCUAGACAAUGGUAACAGGAUCUGGGUGAGAAACAUGGCAGCUGAUUAUCUGAAGUUCGUGGAUACGAAUGUGUGCGUUGUGGACUGGAGCAAACUAUGCCUGUACGGUUAUGCGAUAGCGGUCAACCACACUUUCCGCGUAGGAGCGUAUAUGGCCAACUUUAUCACCUAUUUAAACGGUCAGGGCAUUCCUUUGAGCAAAGUGACAUUAGUGGGUCACAGUUUAGGAGCUCAAAUAAGCGGCCAUACCGGGAGGAAUCUAGGAGGCAAAAUAGCAGCAAUCUACGGUCUAGAUCCGGCCGGUCCCCUUUUUACUAUGCCGUUUGAUGUAGGUCCAGCAAAAAGAUUGGACAGUUCUGAUGCGCAGUACGUUCAGAUGAUCAUAACUUCCCGUUGCGCCCUCGGUGUGUGCAUUGGGGAUGGGCACGAAAAUUUUUACCCAACUGGAGGAUUAGUACCACAACCGAAUUGUGUGCUGCCAUUAUUUGGAAACUCAGAAAGUUUUGAACAAAUAACCUGCAGUCAUUCUCAUGCUUGUACUCUUUUCCAAAUGGCAUUAAACCCAAACAAUGUUUUCAAUGGGAAAAAGUGCAGUGCAUAUCCUGCGUAUUUAGUAGGACUUUGUCUGUUCAACAAAUCGACAAAGAUGGGCAUUUAUUCCAGCCGUGUGGGUGGGGACUUUUAUCUGAUGACAUCUGCUUUUCCACCCUACACGUAA